CCCAAACCCGAAAAUCAUAUUCUCAAAUCUCAAACCCGACAUCCUUUUCUUCUCCUUCCUCCCUAUCUCGCCGAUUCACUCCCCUAAAAUCCCGAUUCCCAAACCCUAAAUCUGCCUAUUUCGACAAUGGCGGACCAAACCAGCCAACAAGUUCCAGAAGAGAAGGUUCAAUCUCUCACAAUCGAGGAUGUCCCUAACUCCAGCUCCUCUCAAUCCGCUGAUGCAAACGGGAUGUCUCUGGAGAAAAGAUUUGAGAUUAUAAGAAGUAUUGGUGAGGAAUGCAUUCAAGAGAAUGAAUUGAUGGAACUCCUCAAAAAGAAACCUGAGCCUAUCUGUUAUGAUGGAUUUGAGCCCUCUGGUCGAAUGCAUAUUGCCCAGGGGGCAAUGAAGGCAGUCAAUGUCAACAAGCUAAUAUCUGCUGGUUGUAGAGUAAGGAUGUGGAUUGGAGAUUGGUUUGCUUUCUUAAAUAACAAAAUGGGUGGUGAUUUGAAGAAAAUUGAAGUUGUUGGAAAGUACUUCAUCGAAAUUUGGAAGGCAGUAGGAAUGGAUAUUGAUUCUGGAAAAGUUGAAUUUUUAUGGUCUUCCAAAGAAAUCAAUGCCCAUUCAGCUGAGUACUGGCCUCUUGUGAUGGAUAUAGCUCGAAAGAACAAGCUGCCAAGACUUCAGAGGUGUUGUCAAAUUAUGGGCCGUGAAGACCCAGAAGAUUUAUCUGGUGCUCAAAUCUUGUAUCCCUGCAUGCAAUGUGCUGAUAUCUUUUUUCUAAAGGCGGACAUUUGCCAGCUCGGAAUGGACCAGCGCAAGGUCAAUAUGCUUGCUCGGGAGUAUUGUGAUGAUAUCAAAAGAAAGCAUAAGCCUAUUAUUUUAUCACACCAUAUGCUUCCAGGCUUGCUCCAAGGGCAGGAAAAGAUGUCAAAAUCUGACACUUCAUCUUCUAUUUUCAUGGAGGAUGAGGAGGCUGAAGUGAAUUUAAAGAUCAAGAAAGCUUACUGCCCACCUAAGAUUGUUGAAGGCAAUCCAUGUCUGGAAUACGUGAAAUACAUUAUUUUGCCGUGGUUCAAAGAAUUCACUGUUGAACGCAAAGCCGAACAUGGUGGACCCAAGACUUACCAUACCUUUGAAGAAUUAGCAGCUGAUUAUGAAGCCGAGGCUCUGCAUCCUGGUGACGUGAAACCUGCAUUGGCAAAGGCACUAAAUAAGAUUCUGCAGCCUGUCCGAGACCAUUUUGCCAACAAUGCCGAUGCCAAAGACCUUUUGAAGAGAGUCAAGUCCUACAGGGUCACCAGGUGAUCUCGCUUCCUCUGACGGUUGAUACGAAAUUCACAUCGGUGAGCAUCUACCGACAGACUCGUCAUAAAAUUUUACAUUUUUGCUACUGGAACACACGAUAUAUGUAUACUAGAUUGCUCGGAUUUUGAUCUUGAUAUUUAUUACCGACUAAUUUCUCAUCCAAAAUUUAACAUUUUUGCUUUCGGAA